CAAUCCCUACGCCGUUGGCCAACACUGGCUGCUCUGCGCACCUUGCAAAGAAAAUAGUAAACAAUUUUUUUUUAAGCCGAAAUAUGAUACACAGCCUGUUCAUAGUCAACAACAGCGGCGAGGUGUUCCUGGAGAAGCACUGGCGUUCGGUGGUUUCGCGUUCCGUUUGCGAAUAUUUUCUGGAUGCCCAGCGGGCCGCUCCAUAUGAUGUGCCGCCGGUGAUAGCCACACCCCAUUAUUAUCUCAUCACAGUGCAACGGGAUGCUGUCUCGCUGGUGGCGGCCUGCAAACAGGAGGUUCCACCUCUCUUUGUCAUCGAAUUCCUCCAUCGUGUGGUGGACACAUUCCAGGACUAUUUCGGCGACUGUUCGGAGACCGUAAUCAAGGAUAACUAUGUAGUGGUCUACGAAUUGCUGGACGAGAUGCUCGACAAUGGUUUCCCGCUGGCCACCGAGAGCAACAUCCUCAAGGAGCUGAUCAAGCCACCAAAUAUCCUGCGCACCAUUGCCAACACGGUGACGGGCAAGAGCAAUGUCAGCACCAUACUGCCUUCGGGUCAGUUGUCGGCCAUUCCCUGGCGUAGAAGUGGAGUGAGGUACACGAACAACGAGGCGUACUUUGAUGUCAUCGAGGAGGUGGACGCCAUCAUAGACAAGUCCGGCUCUACGGUGUUUGCUGAGAUACAGGGGCAUAUCGAUUGCUGCAUUAAGUUGUCAGGCAUGCCAGAUCUUACGUUGUCCUUUAUGAACCCACGUCUCUUUGACGACGUCUCCUUCCAUCCCUGCGUCCGUUUCAAGCGCUGGGAGGCCGAGCGCCUGCUCUCCUUUAUCCCGCCCGAUGGCAACUUCCGGCUCAUGUCCUAUCACAUCAGUUCCCAAUCCGUGGUGGCCAUUCCCAUCUACAUAAGGCACAAUUUUUCCAUCAAAACGGGUGAACAGGGUCGUUUGGAUCUGACGAUUGGACCGCGUAACACCCUCGGACGCACCGUGGACAAGGUGAAGCUGGAGCUGACGAUGCCGCGGUGUGUUCUCAACUGCCUGCUGACCCCCAAUCAGGGCAAGUACACCUUCGAUUCAGUUACAAAGACGCUGUCGUGGGAUGUGGGCCGCAUAGAUGUAUCCAAGUUGCCAAAUAUAAGGGGAUCGGUUUCUAUUACGCCCGGUACGACAAACAUCGAUGCCAAUCCGUCCGUGAACGUACAGUUCCAAAUCUCACAGCUGGCCGUCUCCGGUCUGAAGGUGAAUCGCCUAGACAUGUAUGGGGAGAAGUACAAGCCCUUCAAGGGCGUCAAAUACCUGACCAAGGCGGGCAAGUUCCAGGUGCGAAUGUAGGACCUGCCACAGCGUUCCGAUUCCGUUUCCAGCUUUAAUUAAGAGCUUACUUUUAAGUAUACAUACUAUACCAUAAAUAUACAUAUAUAUAUACAUAUACAUAUAUAUUCCAUUGUUAUGUGUCCAACAUCCACCCAUAUAGUGUCUCAAGCAUCUCGCUCUGUAUCUAUCUAUCUAUCCAUAAAAGUUCAACUCCAA